AGCUUAUCCUAAGAAUGGUUGCCAAAAACAACUGCCUUUCUCCGACUCUAAAAUAUUUUGUUUAAAUGUCAAAAUCAAUUGUGAAUUUUCUAUGGAAUCAAAGUAAAUAUGAAUACCUUAUUCAUUCUUAUUUUAGUAGUGAUAGACAAACAUUAUUAAAUAUAUCUUAGAGAUCAAAAUUUAUGAAAAUGAGUGAUUUUAUCAAGAAUCAUAAGGAACUGAAUGGAAAAUUUCCAGAAAGGUAUUAGUAUUAUAGAAUAUUUUGAAGCAGUUUUCUUAAAAAUCAUAAAAUCUGGGGCAGACUCUUUUAUAAAGUUCAUUGCAUAUUGUGAAAACAGAAUGAGGUAUGUGAUAUUUGGAUAGGGAUUUCAGCUAUGGACCACAGCCUCUUGUGAGAGGAUCUCUUUAUUCUUGAAUAAUGGAAGAUCAAAACUUUGAUGCUGGCAUCAGUGAGGCUUGUUGGAGGAUACAGUGUGCAAUUAGACCAAUAUCUUAUCACGAGUAUUAUCAAGGUUUCAUUCUCUGUCCACAUGGGAAGCCAAAAUGUGAAUGGCUAUGUUACAGGUUGAAACACACAUAUUUGUAAUCUAUUGAAAAGUAGAUUCCUUCCAUAAUUUUUCUUGUUUCCCAGUUAAGGAGCCCUAAGCUACAUUUUUACCAUCACUAAUAUUUGGAACUUUUUCAUUGCUAAGAAAGCUUAGUACAGCGGGAAAAUCAUUGUUUCUCGUCUAAAGUAGUAUUGUGUCUAUCUGAAUGAACACAAGUGAUAAUUUCAGCUAUAGUAGCAUCAUGUCUUUGUAGCUUUAGGUUGGACUGGAGUUUUCUUAAACAGAGUUGUUAGUCAUGAACCCAUCCAUGCUUUAUCUUAGAGAGAUAAUGUACACAUACAGAAAACAUAACAGUAUUCAGCAGGGCUAGCUAUUCAGAUUUCUUGCACAAGUAUUUUCUUUUUGUAAGGUCAACGUGUAAAUUUAAAAGACAAAUAUAGAGAGACUUACGUGUUUGAAAUAUAAAUGAUAUAUAUGGAUUAGCAUGUACCUGUAUAUUAUUAAACAUACAGUGAACUGACUGGUAAGUGAUUGUCUAAUUGUAUGGCUAGCAAUGUAAUUUAUUCAGACUGUAUUUUUGUACAGAGCAGCUCACACUAACCUAUGCCUCUGUGUCCUCUUUAAUGCCUAAAACUGUGCCUAGAAAUUUCAUCUGUCUUAAAGAAAAUAAAAUAUACUCCAUGCUGUUUUAUGAUAUUAGUUUCUCUCCUGCUAUUCUGUAUUUAUUAUUUUUAAAUAUCUGACAUGUUUACUACUUAAAUAUGAGUUUAUGGUAUCCUGGUUCCUUUGAUUUUUCUCUUAACAGUCAUCUGGGGAAACCUGUUUGUCACUCCAGUGAUGCUUGAGUGUGCAGUCCCAUGAUCUGUUCUGCAUUUCAUGAUUUUUGUAGUUGACCUAAAGUUAUCUAUGUGGAAAAAAAAAUAAAAGUGGUUUCACUGAUAA